GAGCAGCCGCGGCCCCGCGGAGCCGCCCGAUGCCCCCGUUCCAGUGGUGCCACGGGUGCUCCUGCAGCCUGGCGCUGGUUUAUCCCGGUAAACGCUGCACGAUGCCGCCCAUCACCUUCCAGGACCUGCCCCUCAACAUCUACAUGCUCAUUUUCGGCACCGGCGUCUUCAUCUUCGUGCUCAGCCUCAUCGUCUGCUGCUACUUCAUGGGCAAGCUGCGGCAGCAGGCGCAGAGCGAGCGCUUCGGGUACAAGGAGGUGGUUCUGAAAGGCGAUGCCCGCAGGCUGAGCGUGCACGGGCAGACCUGCGCCGUCUGCCUGGAGGAUUUUCGGCUGAAGGAGGAGCUGGGGGUGCUGCCGUGCCAGCACGCCUUCCACAGAAAGUGCCUGGUGAAGUGGCUGGAGGUUCGCUGCGUGUGCCCCAUGUGCAACCAGCCCCGCACACAGCCCCGCGCCGGCAUCGGGACCCUGCUGGACGAGCUGCUCUGAGGCGGCCCCGCUCCGGGAUCCGCCGGGAUCCACCGGGAUCCGCCGGGAUCCGCCUGCCCGGCUCCCUCCGCAGGGAUCCCGGGUGGAAUUUUCACCCCCAAGGCUUUGGGGUCUGUCCCUGUCCGGGCUGUGCUCCCCCUGGAGCCGGAAUUCCCGGCGGGAAGCUGAGCCCCGGGUGCGGGUGGGGGUCUCAGAGCCCCCCUUUGCGGAGUUAUUUCUGUGUCCCCCGAGCCCCCCACGGGGCAGAGGGAUUGUACAGUUUGGUGUAAAAGUGAUUAAAUUGAUGUUUUUUAGCCCGUCUGGGCUGUGGGUGCUGCGGGGAUGGGGCAGGGGUCCCCCCGAGGGGACCGUGACCCCUGGGCGUGGUGACAGAGUGCCCAA